UAUAGGCGCUUAUGGUUGGUUAACACUGUUUUUGUUUGAACUCUGGCAACGAAGUUAUGAUCUCUCUCUCUCUCUCUCUCUCUCAAUCCCAUAAACCCUACUCAAAAACCCCUAAUUUCCUACAGAGUCGCGUUUGUCUGCCAAUCCCCAAUCUUCCCGCUUCAAUCUCCACGCGACUUGCCUUCGUGCUCCAGUUCGAUAAGAUAAGAUAAUCAUAUUUCGCUCCCCGGCUCAUGCUCUGUCUUUUCGUUUCUUAGUUUUAUCAGUAUGGCCCGGAAAUACCUCUGAAAGCUUUGCAAGUUGUGAUCUCUUCGCGUAUUGAAUUGAAUCCGCUGAUGUUUUCUCUUUCUUUCCUUGUUUUUGCUUCCUUUUCUCCUGGCUGUACCCACUUCUUCGUAUGAUCUGGAUUUGAGUAUCUGAGCUAUCCAGUUGAAAUCUUAGGUUCUGCUGUGAUUUUCUGAGGUUUAAUAGUUCUUGGGACAUCUGGGUUCUGGUCGGUCUUGGAUUUGCCCAUACUUGGAUCAUGAACACUGCGAACUUGUGGAACUAAAAAGAUCGAAUUUUGCGGACAUCUGGCUUAUAUUCCACGCAUUGGUGAAGGUACAAGGUUACAUUAUCUUUGGAAUUUUGGCGGGUUUGCUGUGAAAAUGACUGUGGAUGAAGUCAGUGGUAGCUCUAGUUGGAGUAGGGAGGAUGAUAUUGCUUUUGAGAAUGCCCUUGUGAACCAUCUUGAUGAAACUGAAGAUCGGUGGGAGAAAAUUGCGGCAGAUGUUCCCGGGAAAACUCCGGAUCAGAUCAAAGAGCAUUACGAGCUUCUAGUUGAUGAUGUUAAUAGGAUUGAAUCUGGGUGUGUGCCUCUCCCUCUCUAUAGUUCUCCAGAGGGUUCAAACAGCAAUGAGGGUGAUGAAGGAGGGACGUGUAAGAAGGGUGGCGGCAGUCAUGGAGGUGACUCCAACCAUGGGGGUAAAUCAAAGUCAGAGCAAGAACGGCGGAAAGGGAUUGCCUGGACAGAGGAUGAACACAGGUUAUUUCUUCUGGGUUUGGAGAAGUACGGAAAAGGUGACUGGCGUAGCAUUUCUCGCAACUUUGUGGUGACAAGAACUCCGACCCAAGUUGCGAGCCAUGCCCAAAAGUACUUCAUCCGUCUCAACUCCAUGAACAAGGACAGAAGGCGGUCGAGCAUUCAUGACAUCACAAAUGUCGGAAAAGAGGACAUCUCAUCUCAACAGGGACCAAUCACUGGUCAGAACAACAAGGGUGGAGCUGCUGGUUCAGGAGGCGGUUCCACAAAAUCGUCCAACCAAGCCCCCUCUCAGCCACCUCCAGGCCCUGCCAUAUAUGGUGGCUCCACCAUAGGCCAACCAGUAGGCGGACCGAUCGUCUCAGCUGUGGGCACACCAGUGAACCUCCAAGCUCCAACCCACAUGGCUUAUGGUGUCCAUGCUGGCUCAGUGGUUCCUGGUGCACCACCCACGACAAUGGCUCCAAUACAAUAUCCAGUGCCACAUACUCCCACAACUCAUAGGUAACAUUCUGUUUAGGUGUAAGAUGUGUAAAGGGUAGUGAACAUUUGAGCUUGUGCUGAGGUUCCAGAGUGAGUUUAGCUUUGUUGGAUUCUGGGAUUUGGAUAAGAACAUGAUGAGUAGUUUCAGACAUCAAAAGAUUGUGUUUUAUGGGCAGAAUAAGCCGACAGAUGAGACUGAAGCAGUUAACACAAAUCUGUAUAUGUAGUAACACUCUGCUUUUCUUACACCUAUGUUUGUCCCUCUAUGAAUAUAGUCUCGAGCCGUUUAUGUGUU